AUGGCGACUCGAAGAACACUACUGAGCCUUGCUAGCCUUGCUAUGCUGAUCUAUCCUUCAGCCGAACAUACUUUCAAACCCAAUUGCUCUCUGCCCAACGAAUCAUCUUAUCUGGUCCUUUCAGCUGAUAUUCGGGGCACGUUUGACAUUCUAUGGAGCUCGCUCUUCACGCUUUUGAUAUGUACAUGGACUGUACAGCAUCCAAAUAUCCCCCCACAAGGCUCACAAAAUGGGUUCGACGUCGAAUAUGUACUUUCUAGCGCUUGGCGCAAAGCCAAAUGGAUGCUACUCACCCUCAUCCUACCUGAAUUCUUGGUUGGGAAAGCUCUGCAAGAUAAUGGUAGGGCUAAACGAUCCAUAAUUAACCUGUCAGAGCUUGCCAAUGUCUCGGGGAUCGCUUGGUCUACAACACACGGCUUUUACGCCGAUAUGGGAGGCUUCGUACUGAAAGCCAGGCAGCAGCGUAAUGGCGAAAACGUCCCUGCACCCAUAUUUCUCAAUUGCGAGUCUUUGCAAUUCGCCUUUAUUGGCGAUGGCAACCGUAGCUUAAUCGAAAAAAUUCCCCAUAUAUCAAAAAAGGAUAUCCAGGACAAAAGCAAAGGGGAUUUUUUUGUGAAAGCAACAGCAGUUGUUCAAGUGUGCUGGAUGGUCGUACAGACUAUUGUUCGAGGAGCGAAAGGCCUGGCCGUUUCUCAAUUGGAAAUCGCCGUACUGGCGUAUUCUGCGUGUACUGUCAUCACCUAUUAUUUAUACUUGGAUAAACCGCAAAAUGUACAAGUACCAACAUAUGUGCUUCUCAAAAAGGAAUUGGGAGGCGAAAAACUCACACCUGAACACCAGGAAGCGAUCCGAGACUGCCGCCCACGUUCUUGGUUCACCGUGUCACUUCGGCUUUUCCGAUAUCAAGGUGCUGGGAAGGAGCGCAGGAACAUUCUAGAUCCAAUCCCAAACGAUGCUCGAUACGACGAUGUGAAGUCCGCGCUGUUUACCGCAAAAUCUCUCUUCACUCGCAUGGACGACGGAUUUGUGAUCGCGGGGCUAGUAUUUGGCAGCCUCCAUUGUGCAGCUUGGAACUUCGACUUUCCCACCCCGGUAGAACGACUGCUCUGGAGAAUAUGCAGCGUGAUCACUGCUGGUACACUUCCAUUGUACUAUGGUGUUCUCCUUUACGAUAUCCACAUCAAGUCACUAGCUAUCCAGCGUCUCCCUUUGGUUACCAUUGAGGUUGUUCUUGCUUUGGGAUAUGUCAUGGCUAGGCUAUUUCUCAUCGUAGAAGUCUUUCGCUCGCUAUUCUUCCUUCCACCUUCGGCCUUUAUCACGACAUGGUCAUCCCAGGCACCCCAUGUCACUUGA